CAUGGCUUUGAGUUCCAGAGUACAUAGUGUACCUCCUAUGCCAGAUCCAUGUCAAUAUAGAUUCGAUAAUUUUAUCACGGAUAUCUGCAAAAAAAUUACCGAGGAAGACCUGAACGAAUUAAAAUACCGUUUCAAAGAUAUUAUUGAUUAUGACGUAAGAAAUCCCAGGGCUAUGUUUGAUGCACUGAUAGAGAAAGGAUUUGUCGACUGCUAUAACAUCCUGUAUGUUCAACAAAUUUUCCGUGUGCUCAAAAAAGAGGAUCUUCUAGAACUUGCAGCGGAAUACGUUUGUCUUUUCGAGGAAGACGACGUGUUGCACUUUUUUAAGAAAACAACGCGACCUGCGCCUGGUUUUGAAAAUGUCGAGUUCCAUGUUAAAGGAAGAUUUGCAUCAAACGAGGAUCUUGAAGGCUUCCGAAGGAAAAUAUCAACCAUUUUAUUGGUUCCACUCUAUCAAGUCAUAUUCAAAGGUGUGCAAGAAACAAGAAGCCUCCUGAUUACCGUCAUGCUUCCCAAGUUGUACGCAGGCUUUCUGAUGAAUCAGCUCAGAAAAAAUAAGCAGCAUAUUAUAGCAUCAUUUUUGCAACUAGAAGUGGACGAAAUUCUUGUCUCAGCAGAUAAAUUUCAGCUUCUAAAGGAUGGCAAAUUCCGAUCAAAACUAAGUUGUAAGGGGAGCGGUGGUCUAUUGGAUAAGGUGCAGGCCGAUCAAUCCAGGGGUCGUGGGUUAAAGCCCAACAUGGGUCACGACCAUGACUUCUCAUAUGACACCAGUACUGGUUUUACCAGGAAGCGGACUCUAGAGUAGUUACAAUAAGCUUGAAGCUUUCAUCACAAUCCAGCUAAAAUAAAUUAGUUGCAACAUAUAGAAUCUGUUUUCUUAAAUGAUAGAUUAUUAGUAUUUAUUUCUUGCGUAAAUUUUGUUAAAAUGUAAUAUUCGAAAAAACAUUUUUCAAAGUGGCGGACAUCCUUAAAAAGCGCUCGUACUUGCUUAAGGAUGCAAUAAAAUUAAAUAUUAGAUAUGUUUAAAUAUAAAUAUUUUUUCAUAUAUUUAAUUCUAUUUCAAGAUGUUCUAAAUUCAUUUUCAAGAAAUGCUUUUAAUGAUAGCAGUUAAUCAUAAUAAUAAUUUUUCGAAAUACGUAUUUAUUUUAUUAUAAGAAUUAAAUAGAGGAUAUUACAUGUUAACUAUUUUUUCACUCUGCUGAUUGUGCAACGCUGAGUGAAAUGUAAGAUAAGAUUAGAUUUAUUUUGAGUCGGCAAUACAAUAACAAAUAAGACAAGUCAGAUGAAGAGUUUAUCCUUAAUGACGCUGUUUACAGUUAGAAAGCUACGUUUCGCUCAGUAUAUUUAGCAAGAAUAUUGGUUAUCAAUAUAUCUAAAAAUGCUAAGCAAGUUUUAUAAGUAUAAUAAACAAGAGCUGUCACAGGAGACAGCGUGCUGGACUAUUUCGAUGCUGGGUAGUGAAACUGAGCAUAUUUGAUGAAGCUGGAGGUGUCACUGGAGUGUUUAAUGACUCCAAUGUGGAUGAAGAUAUUGGAUAAUAGCUUGAGUCUGUGUCAAAAGCAAAAAGGGUGCAUAAUUCAUGAAAUACUGGUGCAAGAGUGAUGCACUUUAUUUCAUGUUGAAUCAAAUCAUUUUUGUAAUAACUGAGAUAUAGUGAAAAUGCAUCAAAAUUAACCUGUAACUCUAAGUAAAAGAGGGCAUAAUUUAUGAAAAAUUGAUGCCAGAGUUAUGGACCCUGUGUCAAUGAUGUGGGUGAUAAGGUUACAUUUAGUAACAACUGAGAUAUAGUGAAAGUGCAUCAAAAUUUUGACCGGAAAUAAUAGGUAAAAAGGUGGGAUAAUUCAUGAAAUAUUGUUGCAAGAGUUAUGGCCCUUGUGUCAUAUGAUGUGAGUGAAGAUGUUGAAUAACUAUUUAUAUCUGAGAUAGAGUGGAAGUGCAUCAAAACCUUAAUCAGAAGUAAAAUGGGGAAUAUUUCAUUAAAUUUGGUACCAGAGUUAUGGAUCCUGUGUCAUAUGAUGUGGGAGACGAUGUGGAACAACUACUUUCAGUUUGAAUCAAAUCCAUUUAGUAAUACCUGAGAUAAAGUGAAAGUGCACCAAAACAUUAACCUGAAAUUAUAAGUAAAAAGGGUGGGGGGAUAAUUCAUGAAAUACUGGCGCAAGAGUUAUAGCCAUUCUGCCAUAUGAUGUGGGUGAUGAUGAGGAACAACUAUUACAUUUGUAGUAAAUCCAUCAGGUAAUAACAAAGAUAAAGAGAAAGUGCAUCAAAAAUUCAUCCAAAUUGCGGACGCGGAAGGACGCUGACGCCAUGUCGAGUAGGACAGCUCUCCAUACUUCGUAUAGUCGAGCUUAAAUCCUGUUCAAAUACAACGUGUACCAACAUAUAUCAAUUUACAGAGAGAGCUGAAUACGGUCAGCGUAUCACAUGAAUAAGUUGUGAUUAGCCGAUCGCUUAAGGUCUUCUAGGUACAAAAGUGCCUUCUAGGUCACUGCUGUAAUUAUUGGUCGUAGAAAAAACGAAACAAAAUUGCACCCCUACGAAAACUUUGUAAAAAGUUAAAAGAGAACCAUGACCCGAAUUACUCUUAGUAGGCCGUAUCUUAGGAUAUUUUGGUCUAAACUCAAGUUUUAACCAAGAAAUCUGAUAUUUUCUAAGUCCAAAACGGGCCAUAAUUCUUGCAAAAAACAUAAUGGAGUUAUGUUUCUUGCUGUACUGGGUCAGCUUAUGAUGGUGAACAAGUGUUGCACGUUUAAAAGCAAUAGCUUUGAUAGUUAAGGAGAAAAGCUGACCUAAACAUAAAACUUAACCAGGCAACGCCGACGCCGACGCCGACGCCGACCCCGAUCAAGUGAUGACAAUAACUCAUCAUUCUUUUUUUAAAAAAUCAGAUGAGCUAAAAAAACAACAGCUAAACUGUUCGGUAUUGCGUUGUAAAACAGAGUAUUACCUUUUUUCGUAAAAUGAACUAAUCUAUCGCUAAAAAUAACUGCGUACACUUCACUGAUCUAUUUUAGCGCGCCUUUCAUUGAUUAAAGAUUUGUGUUUUGUACAGCAUGUUUUUGGACAGUCUCUCUAUUUCAUGUUGAAUUGAUACAUGGUUAUGUUUUAAGGAAGAUACUGUUCAUUUCAUUGAUUUAUUAAGUCUUUUAAAUAAAUAUUCAUUUAUAUAUAAAUGUUUAUAUUUUUAGUUAUUACGUUAAAGGUAAACUUUUUUCACUUUCACCUUCAAUUGUCUUUCAUAGCAACAAUUUUCUUAGUCACAGUAAACUUAAAAGCAAGUUUUGAAAUGUUCACAAUAAUACUUUAAAACUGCAUAAUAAUACAUUUCUUUAUAACGCUCUUCUCUGUUUUCAUGUAUUGACUGUGUUGAUUUAAUACAUACUUUGUGAAUUUCUUACUGUUGUUAUUAAAAUAUGUGACUUAACUUGUUUCUUCUUGAAUUACAUGGCGCCCUUUGAUGUCUACAUCAAUGUUUUUUUUUUUUGUUAAUAUUUGUGACCGCAAAAGAUUACUUUAUAUUAACCACUUCAAAGUAAUGAUUAUAAACAAAGUGUUCCUACCAUGGCUGUGGACCGAUGUUGAGAUUUUGUCUAAAAUCGACUUUCUACCGAGGAUGGAAUGUUCUUAUUAUCACAACUUAACUGAUGAGGUAGAAUUAUUUUCUUACCAUUUAGAUAACUCUAUUUACGUGAUUAUUGAAAAUAUAUAUCGGAUCAUUGCAUAGAAGUGAUGGCAUAUACAAAGACAUAACCAAAUUUGAGCAGUAAAUUAAUCAGAAUACUGACUGGCACUGUGUUUGAUCGUUUAAUGAGCAUAUGUAGUGAACUUCUUCAGCCAAACUUUAAUAACGAAGAAAAAAAAAGAGUUAAUACCUUCACUAUUUUGUUCAAAAGUUGUAGACAUAAAAUAUUGCUAUGACACAUAUCCUGACUUUAUAUAUUUGCUUAUUUUCUAUAUUUUUUCCGUUUAUUACUAUUCUUUGAAUUAAAACGGUAAGAGAAUAUGUUUGGUACGAGUAUGUUUCUAGUAAAUUGUAAAAUACAGUCAGCUUUUUAAAACGACAAUAUUCGCAAAACUUACAAAAUUUAAUAUAACAUUUUAAGAAGCCGUCAUUUUUAACAUAAAAUAUGUACUAGUCGUGAAAUUUUGUUGUAUUGUAUCAUAUUGUUUUAUGUUUCUAGCAAUUGAUUUAAAGCAACUUUUCUUUUUCU